CAUCUGCAGGCAACUGGAAGUGAUGAGCCAUCUUGUGAUCUGGGUGUUCCUAGCUGUCUACAUGUAUGAGCUGAAUGCAGAAUUGAUCUCUCAUUUACAUCCUCCAGAUCAAGAGAUUUCUACUGAUAGCUGUGUCUUUCCAUUUGUUUAUGCUGAUGGAUUCCACUACAGUUGUAUCUCCAUCCGCAGUGACUAUGAUUGGUGUUCUCUUGACUUUCAAUUCCAAGGAAGGUGGCGGUACUGUACAGCACAGGAUCCCCCAAAGUGUAUUUUCCCUUUCCAAUUCAAACAAAAGCUCAUUAAGAAGUGCACCAAGGAGGGCUAUAUUUUGAAUCGGAGUUGGUGUUCAUUGACUGAAAAUUACAACCAAGAUGGAAAAUGGAAGCAAUGUUCUCCUAACAAUUUUUAGGUAUGCUUGUGUGUUUUAGAAGACAGGAGUUAUAGAUACAUCAGAUGUUCCUCCAAAUGUAAUUAAUCCUUUAUCUUUAUGAAGAAAUCUGUUAAUAAAGGUCUGUUCUCUUAUCA